AUGAUAAGAUAACAACCAGAUAAGCCAGAGUAUUCAGAGCGUUAUCUCGAUGAUCAGUUUGAAUAUCGUUAUGUCGUUCUCCCAAGAGAAAUGGCAAACGAGCUCAAAAACAAGGGCAAGCUGAAAGAGGAAGAAUGGAGAGGAAUGGGCAUUACCUAGAGCAGAGGAUGGGAACAUUAUGGCUUUCAUAAGGCUGAGCCUCACAUUCUAUUAUUCAAAAGGCCACUAGGGACUGAUCCUAAGACUGGUCUAGUUUCGGAUGAGUUGUUCAAGCAACAUGAAUUAAAGGCCUAAGAAUAACGUGAAAAAUUCUUAAGUACUUUAGUAAUGUGA